UUUGUUGUCUGCAAAAUAUAUGCAAACAUAUCCGAUCUAUCCACUCUAUCCUUGUACGUUGUUUGUGGUUAUGUCGUAACAAUAUGGCUACGCGUCCAUUGCGGUCGAUCUGUGUUUGAUCUAAGGCCGUUGUAACUGGCCGUUUCGCGGCAGGAUAAACGAUUCAUUCGGUGAAACACCAGUCGCAGGAUAAUUCGAGGGGAAAAUGGCAACGUCAAGCAAGUGGAAUUUAUCCAGGCAGGACAUACAGAUCGCGGCCAAGGACGAAAGAGAGCUGUUGCUGGAGCACGACAGCGACCCGGACGAGGAUAUGCUGUUCAAUCGACCAAAUACAUCUACCGUAGAACCGAGCAGUACUAAAGCGGAUGGAAAGAUGGACAGCGUUCGGCUGCAAAUUCAAGAAGUGACCGACGUGAUGCGUAACAAUGUGCAGAAGGUGAUGGAGCGCGGUGAUCGACUCGAGGAAUUACAGGAGGCCAGCGAUCGUCUGUCCAUGGCCGGGGACGAGUUCAGGGCUGCGGCGAAGAGAGCCCAGCAAAAGGCGUGGCUUCAGAACUUUAAAACGAGAAUCAUCCUUGUCACCAUCACGAUGACGGUCGUCAUCUGCAUCAUCGUUCUGGACAUCAUGGUGCUUUACCUGGUUCUCAGAUAGCGAAUACGAUGUAGCGAGCCUUGGUCGUUCGAUUCCAGUAUCCAUCGUCGUGAAAUACUCGUGAUCGAGGCUACCCUCCAGACUGAAAAAUCCGAUUGCUUGCGAGCGUACGUUGUACAUAUGUACCUGUCUUUCAUGGAUUCAAUACGUGUAUUAUAACUAUAAGUUUAUAUAUAAAUACAUACCUUGUUAUUUUUAAA